AAACCCCGGGCAGGGCACAGCUCCCCCGGGCUGCCUGGGCAGGGCUGUCCCUCCCGAACCUGGGCUCCUGCAGCCGGCGCAGGGCUGUCCCUCCCGAACUUGAGCUCCUGCAGCCGGCGCAGGGCUGUCCCCCCGCCCUUCCCUCUCUCAUCCUCGCCCUCCCGCAGCCCCUCGGGGUCCGCCCGGCCCCGCCACGUUCCGGGCCCCUCAGCCCCCGCCAGGCUGUAUGCGGUGACCCGGGACCUGCCCCCGGGCCUGGCGCUCCCUGAGCGAGCAGAGGGUUAGGAAGUGCGCUCGGCGUUGCCGGAACCGCGGUUGCGGAGCAGAACUCAGUCAGAGCCCCCCCGGGAGUUCAUCUCCAUCGCCGGUCCCAGCCCAGCCCGCGAUGGCAGGCCCGGCCCCAGGGGUGGCAGGAGGUGGAGGCGGCGGCGGCAGCAGCAGCUGCAGCAGCAGCAACGACUUCCAGUGGUGCUUCUCCCAGGUGAAGGGGGCUAUCGACGAGGACGUGGCGGAAGCUGAUAUUAUUUCAACAGUUGAAUUUAAUUACUCUGGUGAUCUUCUUGCAACAGGAGACAAAGGUGGCAGAGUGGUUAUAUUUCAAAGGGAACAAGAGAAUAAAAGCCGUCCUCAUUCUAGGGGAGAAUACAAUGUUUACAGUACCUUUCAGAGUCAUGAAGCUGAGUUUGACUACUUGAAAAGUCUAGAAAUCGAGGAAAAAAUUAAUAAAAUUAGGUGGUUACCACAACAGAAUGCUGCUCAUUUCCUGCUGUCUACAAACGAUAAAACUAUUAAAUUAUGGAAAAUAAGUGAAAGGGAUAAAAGAGCCGAAGGUUAUAAUUUAAAAGAUGAAGAUGGAAGACUUAGGGAUCCUUUCACAAUCACAGCACUACGGGUGCCCAUAUUGAAACCCAUGGACCUAAUGGUAGAAGCAAGUCCCAGAAGGAUAUUUGCAAAUGCACAUACUUACCACAUAAACUCUAUUUCAGUAAAUAGUGAUCAUGAAACAUACCUUUCUGCAGACGACCUAAGAAUUAACCUAUGGCAUUUAGAAAUCACAGAUAGAAGUUUCAAUAUUGUAGAUAUCAAGCCUGCUAACAUGGAGGAGCUGACAGAGGUGAUCACAGCUGCAGAGUUCCACCCUCACCACUGUAACGUGUUUGUCUACAGCAGCAGCAAGGGCACCAUCCGUCUGUGUGACAUGCGCUCCUCUGCCCUCUGCGACAGGCAUUCCAAGUUUUUUGAAGAACCUGAAGAUCCUAGCAGCAGAUCAUUUUUUUCAGAAAUUAUAUCCUCGAUAUCUGACGUAAAAUUCAGUCACAGUGGUCGCUACAUGAUGACAAGAGACUACCUUUCUGUGAAAGUCUGGGAUCUCAAUAUGGAAAACAGGCCUGUAGAGACAUAUCAAGUUCAUGAGUAUCUUCGAAGCAAGCUAUGUUCUCUUUAUGAAAAUGACUGCAUCUUUGACAAAUUUGAGUGCUGCUGGAACGGUUCUGAUAGUGCUAUCAUGACUGGAUCUUACAACAAUUUCUUUAGAAUGUUUGACCGGAACACGCGGCGAGAUAUCACUCUAGAAGCAUCCAGGGAGAGCAGCAAACCUCGUGCCAUCCUAAAGCCGCGCAAAGUCUGUACGGGUGGCAAGAGGAAGAAGGACGAAAUAAGUGUUGACAGUCUGGACUUCAACAAGAAGAUCCUUCAUACAGCAUGGCAUCCCAUGGAGAACAUCAUUGCUGUAGCUGCCACCAAUAAUUUGUAUAUAUUCCAGGACAAAAUUAACUAAAGAUGACUUACUUGAGGACAGAGUCGUCGUCUUGCAUAGUUAAUUAAGCUCAGUUGUUUAUCUGUAAAAGAGAAGGCCUCGUUGUCCUACCAGUGAAGAACAUUGAUGCACUUACUUCCCUCUUAGAUAAAGGAGAGGAUCUGGCCUGGUUUUUGAGUUCAUGGUAUAGUUCUGCCUUCGGUGGGGGUAGGGAGCAUCGUUUGCAGCUUUCUGGGAGAAGCCCUCUAGAGGCAGAGCUGAUGGACAGUGCUCAGUAAGGCCAAUACUCACAACAAAUGUAUUUAUUUAAGUCUGAGCCUUCCUUUCCAGUUUAUAGACCAAAAAUUUAACACCCGAGAAGAAAAACUUGUCAUAAAAAUGUAAUUUCUAUCUCUCGCGCUCUUUCUCUGCUGUAAUAUUUGGGCCUUUCAAAACAUAUAUUGUGCUUAAUGCCUGUAAACAUUCCUCCUCUGGCCUGUAUCUAGGCUUAGGUGUUUUUACCUUUGAGCACUUAGGUAGGUCUUGAGUUGGGUUCGUAGACAGGUUUCCAUGAAUAUUUACUCACCAACUGUAUCUAUAACCACACCUUCUGGUGUAAACCACUUAAUAAAAUAACAAACUAUAAAAAGUGUUUUUAAAUCUGAAGGUAUGUAUUCAGUCUUUUUAUUUUUUUUAUUGCAUGUACUGAGAUUGGGCAGAUUGGACAACGUUUGCCCCAAAACAUUGAUUUUUGGCAGAGUAAUACAGACUUUUUUGUGUAGUAUUUCAAAUUCAAAGUUUAGGGUUUCCAUGAAGUUGUCAGUUUAAGUUGCACUGGUUUUCUUGUAAAAUGCUAUCUGUGUACCAAGUAGGAGACUGACAAGGUUACUAUAACGACAUCCACAGCCUUAAUACCAAGUGACCACCUUGCACAGAAGGGAAAACAGAACAUUUAACAAAUUUUCUUCUUUGAGGAUAAAAAAAUCAGUUUAUCUGAUGCCUCUCGAUGUUAGAUAGAGACAUACCUUAUGUGCAUUAUGUUUUUUAACCUUUUUAGUACUUGUCAUGAAGAUAGAGUUUAUUUUAACUAUUUGGCACAGCACAUUGUCUCUCACAGGGAGUACAGACCCUGUCUGGGUGAUGCUGCUCGGCAGGGCAGCACGGUGCAUUUCACCUCCUGACAGCAGGGUGUCGGGGAGCUGCUCUUCCCUGUGGCUGCUCUAACUCUUCUUGCUAACUUUGUUUUAAGCCUUAGGUACCUUUUUUUUUCUUCUUUUUUCCCCAGAGGCCUAAAAUGCAUCAUCUUUCUUUAGAGCCCAGGCUCGCCUGGGUGAGCAGCUGUCCCUGAAGCUGUUGCAGCACGUUUUAGUAGCAUCGAGUAGCCAGACAUUACACUCUGAGAUGUGCCUGCAAAUCAGAAUUGCUUUCUGAAACGUGAGGUCCCUGGAGCUCCCCAGAGGAGACCCAGCAGUGUGGUUUACACUCCGUUGUUGUUCAGGUGAAGGUGUGCUAUGGUUCCUCAAUCAGAUCUGCAUAUGCAAAGUGUCUCCGUUCUCACCCUCCCCGUUAUGUCCAUAGAGUGCCACUCUUGUUCACAGUAAGCUAGUAAGUACAACUAACUGAGGUUCUACAAAUAAAUUUAAAAUUUAAAAAAAAAAAAAUUAAAAAGUUAAAAAAUCUUAUACUGUAUAUUGGUUGUGACACUAUUUGCAAAUCUUGAAACGUGGAACUUCUGGGUCACUAAAGCAUUAGAUUUGACCUUGUUCCUACCAUACCUACUAGAGCUAAUACCAUGGGAUUGUACAUACUUGUUCAGUUAUUUUGACCAAAAAGUUUAAUAAAUUUUAAAUGUUUACCUGGACUUGCUCUGUGUAUUUUGACAACUUUUUCUUCCGUUUGUGAGACAAUUGGCUGGGUGAGCCAACAUGAAGAUUGUUUGUAUUUCCAUUUUAAAUGGUUAGUUUUUGAUGGUCAUACCUCUGAUUCGGAAAGCUGUCUGUUCAUAUUCAGUGAAUAUAGUAGUGCUGUCUAUUUUUGAUCUAUUUUUUCAGCAAAUGUAAGUGGAAUAUGAGUAAAAAGAAAAAGGCUAUGAUGAAAUCUUCUAUUAUAUAAAACAUUAUUUGCUUGUACCACUUUCAAUUAAAUAGUUUUUGAUGAUUCAUGA